CUUUGACCUGUCAGAUCAGGUCCUGUGUGUUAAGUCCUUGUUUGUGUUAAACAGAAUUAAUCCUGCAAGUCCGAGACCUCAGGAGGCGAACUUGUGGAUUUUAAUACAACACAACAAAGGAAAUGUCCCACGUCUUUCCGGUGCUCCUUGCACUUCUCAGCUUCCUGACCCUCGGGCCCGCUGGAUGCAGCAGGAUCCUGGUGGUUCCGGUGGACGGGAGCCACUGGAUCAACAUGGAGGUGAUCCUCAAGGAGCUGCACUCCCGAGGCCACGUCCUCACCGUUCUGCACUCCCCCAGGAGCUGGUACAUCCCCACCAACGGCUCCUUUUACACGUCCAUCACCAAGUCCAUGCUGGAGGACGGCACCGUUAAGGACUUUUACAACGAGAUGCUAAAGGACGUGAUGGAGCGCCGCAAGUCGGCCAACUUCCUGAGGACGUUUCACCAGCAGGGCCUCAUCACAAACAUGCUGUCCACCGGUCACCGUAUUCUCGCCGCGUCGGUCAGUAAUAUGUUGGAUGAUGCGGUUUUCAUGAGGAAGCUUCAGGAUGCCAAGUUUGAUCUCAUGUUAACCGACCCGGGCCUGACUGUGGGGGUGCUGCUGGGGAAUUACCUCAAGUUGCCGAUGAUCUUCAACGUGCGAUGGAUUAAUAACGGAGAGAGUCACUUCGCCACAUCCCCUUCUCCUCCGUCAUUUGUCCCUGUGUCUGGAAGUGAACUCCAUGACCAGAUGGAUUUCCAGGGAAGGUUCAAGAACAUGUUGCAUUACUUAUAUAGUAUCAUUGAAUUGUACUUUUACAUAAACCCAGAGUACUCAGAUGUAUUCCAGAGGCACUUCCCUCCUGGAACAGAUCUGCUCUCCUUGGAACAUGCAGCAGAUAUCUGGUUGGUGAGGUCAGAUUUCAUCUUUGAGUUCCCUCGACCAACAAUGCCCAACAUGGUCUAUAUCGGGGGCUUCCAGUGUAAAAAGGCCCAACCCCUUCCUGAUGAUCUGGAGGCCUUCAUGCAGAGCUCCGGGGAACACGGGGUGGUGGUCAUGUCUUUGGGAACGUUGGUCUCGGCCCUGCCUCGUGAGGUCACCAAUGCCAUUGCGGCCGCAUUUGCUCAGUUGCCUCAGAAGGUGAUUUGGAGGUUUGUGGGAGAAAGGCCUUCAUCCUUGGGGAACAACACCCUGCUGGUGGACUGGCUGCCUCAGAACGACCUCCUGGGACACCCCAAAACUCGUGUGUUUGUUGCCCACGGGGGCACCAACGGCAUCUAUGAAGCGAUCUACCACGGGGUUCCGGUUCUGGGUCUGCCGCUGCUCUUUGACCAGUUUGACAACCUCCUCCGGCUGAAGGUGCGUGGUGCGGCCCUGGUGGUGGAGGCUGGAUCGCUAACUCAGGAAGACUUCCUCGAGACUCUUAAAGACCUUCUGGAGACUCCAUCAUACCGUGACAAUAUGCUUCGACUCUCUCGGCUCCACCAUGACCGCCCCGUGUCUCCUUUGGAUGAGGCCAUCUUCUGGAUCGAGUAUGUGAUCAGGAACAAAGGAGCGGCUCAUCUGCGGCCGGCAGCUUACGGCCUUUCCUGGUAUUCCUACUUCUGCCUGGACGUGCUUCUUUUCAUGGUUGCUGUCGUUGGAGCCUCUGUGGGGGCUUCCAUCUUCAUCUGUAAGACUGUCUGCUGCCGGAUGUUCAGGAGAAAGUUGAAAUGGGAAUAAUACAUUUGGUGAUUUUUAAACUUGAGCAUCCGUUUUUGCUAUGAUUGCUGAAGCACUGAUAAUGAUCACUAAUUUGGUAUUGACGAAAAAAAGUCAAACUGUGGUGUUUGGUGGGAGUGUCUCGGGUCGGGUAUUUAUUAGUAAAUCUUGGUCAUAUUGGAUAUGAAUGAAUGAUUGGACUCGAACAAGCUCUCCCUUUUAAACCACAUGGUAGAAAUACUUCCUUGAAACAAUUUCAAUUGUGUUUUCCUUAAACGUCUCCAAAAACAUUCGCCUGAUUUGGCAUUCUUAUAAAUACAGGUCUUAUUGACUUUGUCAGGAAACUCUAUUUCAACAAAAUAAAACCCCACUACAUUACUACAUUAUAAAAUGGUCUGGUUGAAAUUAUGACCACUGUAUUGUUAGGGUCGGUUUCGGCCCGGUUAUAAUAAUAUGACUAUAAAGCAAGAUUUUGAGCCAAAACUGAAAUUGAAAAAGUCUACAAUCAUCAUCAUGUAAGCUUCAGGGGAUUCUCAUUUUGUUGCUGAAAACAAUAACUUUUUCUACCUUUUCUUGACAUUAAUAUAUAUGGAUCAAAAUCGACCCCAACACCAUAGAUGUUUCUUUAGUGAUUAAUACUAAAAUUAGAAAAUAAAUAAAAGUAAUUGAUUUAAGAGAUAUGUUCUAUAGCCAGGAUUAGCCAGGUAACAAAAGAACCUUCAAUUUAUUAAUAUGAUUCUUUUGAGGUUCAUUUUACCAUUUUUGGAUAUUGAAAUCGAGAUGUAUAGUGACAAAAAAAGGCCUACAUGCCCACACAAAAAGUAUUAAAACCAAUAUUUUUAUGGAUGAAAUUUGAUGGUAACUUAUUGUUUUUAGUGUAUUUUAUAGCUGAUUUAAUACACGGGUCAAAACCGACCCGUUAACAUAAGAGAUGAUACCAGAAAGCUAACACAAGAGGAAGGUUAAAAUGGUUCAUGCUGUGUUUCUGUCAGAUAAAAUAAUAAUCAAGAAAUCAAGUAAAUGUGUUUCUUGUGCGU